AGGAGAUAGCGAGGCGAGUGCGCUGGGGAAUAACUGUCCAGGGAAUGCAAUAGGUUUUCAGCCCAUUAAGUUGGAUAAACAAAUGGCUUUCUGUUGGAGAUGCUGAGAGUCGUGGAAAUCAGCAGGAUAACAUUGGAAAGUCAGAACUCCAGAGUGGAGGAGAAUUAUUUGGACGCCAUGAAAUUCUCUAAAAGAUGCCAACAGCCUGCGUGAGUUCAACCCUUGCCUGGCACUAUUUUGGUGUGGAGGACCAGGGGUGGGUCAGGGACAAUUUAGGAAGAUGGGUAAUGUCAUGCGAGGUGUCAUCGCCUUGAUUCCCUCAGAGCGCUGUCAACGCUUCUUAGUGGGGGACCUGAAAGAGAUGCCUCUCGAUCGGACCCUGGACCUGAGCAGUCGGCAGCUGCGUCGGCUGCCUCUUGCUGCCUGUGUCUUUGAUGAGCUGGUGAAGCUUUACCUGAGUGACAACAACCUCAGCACUUUACCUGCUGAUCUGCAGGGGCUGAGGAAGCUGCAGCUGCUGGCCCUCGACUUUAACUGCUUCGAAGAGCUCCCAGCAGCUGUCUGCCGACUGCCUCAGCUCAGCAUCCUUUACCUAGGUAACAACAGGCUUUACUACCUCCCCAGUGAACUGAGAGCGCUCAAGGAACUCAACACUCUGUGGCUGGAGACUAACUGUUUCACUGUUUUCCCUGAGGUGGUUUGUGAGCUUUCCAAUCUCAAGACCCUACACCUCGGGUAUAACCAGAUACGGAGUUUACCACAAGAACUUGGACAACUGGAAGAGCUAAGAAGCAUCUGGCUUGCUGGGAACCAGCUGUCGGAGUUUCCACCAGUGUUGCUGGAAAUGCACUUUCUAGCUGUCCUUGAUGUGGAUCGGAACAAAAUACGCCGCUUCCCAGCCCUGUCUCACAUGCAGGGGUUAAAACUUGUCAUUUACGACCACAACCCCUGUGUUAACGCCCCAGCGGUAGGCGAGGGAGUGAGGAGGGUGGGACGCUGGGCGGAUUGCUCAGAUGAUGAGCAGGAAGAAGAUGGGUCAAAAGCAGCCAGUGAGACCACAGCCGAGGUUGUGGAGAUACAACCGGAAGAGGAGCACAACAUUUAGGGUGAAGGAACAAAAUGACCUUCAGCCUUGGUGGCGGCUGCCAGCACAGGAUGACAUUCAAGUGGAACACUUAGAGCAGAGAGGUGUGUUGUACAUCAGGCUGAUGGUCUUUGGCCCAUAUACGGCAAAGCCAGUCAUAUGUGUUGUAAUAUGAGACACUGAUAGAUAAAUUGUCCAAAAGCAUGGCCUGUGUGACACUUGAACCUUGAAAUAAAAAUAGGUUAUAUAAAUGUUACUGAUACUGAUGAAAUGUCUCUUAUUGGAAUUUAUAAACCUGUAAAUGCCUUCAUAUGAUCGGUGUCAACAGCAGUGACAUUGCUAUAUGAAAGCAGUCUAGAUCACCUAGAUCUAUGUUCCCUGGAAAAACUGUGUCUAUUGUGCAAUGUUUAAAAAAUAGUUCCUGGCUCCACUCUCAGCUCUAGA